AUGCCUAAUUAUUAUCAUCCAAGAUUGCGCAAUCAUGAAAAUUUCUCUUAUGCCAAUAAUAAAAAUGUGCUGCAAUCACCUCCGGGAUUCAAUUCUCAACCGCAACAAGAGAAAAAGCAGUCGUUGGAAGACAUUUUGGGCACUUUUAUUUUGGAGUCUAACAAGAGGUUCGGAAAAAAUGAAGCAAGACUUGACAAUAUAGAAACCCAUAUGACUAACAUGGGUGCUUCAAUGAAGAAAAUUGAGACUCAAGUGGGGCAAUUAGCUAAUGCGGUGAAUUCGAAUCAGAAUGGAGGUUUUCCUAGUGACACUGUGGUAAAUCCAAAGGAAUCAUGCCAAGCAGUUUCCUUGAGAAGUGGUAGGGUGCUUAAAGAGGGUGAUGUUCAAGCUAGUUCAAAGGAGAAAGUUGAGCCAGUGGUACGAGAGGUAGAAAAAGAAGAGAAAGCCAAGAAGCAGAGUGGAAGUGACCAGAAUGACAUGAAGAAAGAUAGCCUUCUAGUGUAUCAACCUCCCAUUCCAUACCCUCAACAGUUUCAGAAGAAGAAAUUAGAUGAACAGUUUGCAGAUGCUCUUGAGCAAAUGCCUAAUUAUGUGAAAUUCAUGAAAGAAGUUAUGUCUAAGAAAAGAAGAUUAGAAGACUUUGAAACUGUUAAGUUAACAGAAGAAUGCAGCGCCAUCCUACAAAAGAAGUUGCCUCAAAAGGUGAAAGAUCCAGGUAGCUUUACCAUACCAUGCACUAUUGGAGGGUCAUCCUUUGAUAAGGCUUUGUGUGAUCUUGGAGCGAGUAUAAAUCUGAUGCCACUUUCAGUUUUCAAGAAAUUGGGGGUAGGAGAGGUGAAACCCACAACCAUCACUCUUCAAUUAGCAGAUCGGUCACUUCUUUAA